AUGGAUCCGUCGAUGACAGAUGAUCUAACGAAUCCAGAAUUGGGGAACGUAUUGUUCGAAAAGGCCAUGAAAGGGAGAUGGGAUGAAGUCGUCGAUAUAUGUACGGAAAACCCAGUGUCUCUGAUGGCCGACAUCACCAGGUUGAAGGACACACUGUUGCACCUAGCUGUCUCCGGCGGCCAAGAGGAGACGGUCAAAAAACUCAUAGAUAUUAUCUCUGAACAGCCAAAUCCCGAAAUGCUACUCGGGACUAAAAACGAGAGAGGGAACACCGCUCUCCAUAUCGCUGCACUAAUGGGGAAUGAGGCCAUGUGUAAGUGCAUUGCAAGUGUUGAUCCUUCAUUAAUCGGACAACGUAACUAUGAGGGAGAGACUCCUCUUUACACGGCAGUGUUCUUCGGUGGAAAACAAGCAUUCCUAAGUCUUUACAAUUUCUGUCCGUUCUAUGAGCGUUACAGUUAUUCCAGGAAUACGCGGGGUGAUACGAUUCUUCACUGCGCCAUUUCUGGAGACCAUUUUGGUGAGUAA